ACUAAUAUUUCGUCGGCUACCGCCCGCUUGAUUGCGUUGCGCGCUAUAUGUAGAAAUGUAAUUGUCAUAGUCGCCUGUUUUCAUCAGUGCAUAACCAGCAUAACCUUCACUAUCGACCCACCUCACAACGAACUGUUUGUCUCCAACUAUUGCCAACAUAUUGCACUCCGAUGAUCUUGCAGUUAUCAAUUUAAGAGGUCGCCUUUUUGGUGCAUGUCUUGCAUGCUGCACGAUAGCGCUAUGAAAUACAUUACGUAGUGAACUACGUUAGAAAAGCGUGAGUCAGUACUGAUAUGUGUUCGGAGGAGGCAUUGUUCACCGUGGCUGUCGUCUGCGAACUGCUGUGAUUAGAAGCGAACUUGUGCAAAAGCAAAACUCAUGGAAGUCGAUUGUGAAAGUCCUGUUCAAGAGAACGGCAGCGAAGACGUUGAGAUGGUUGCAGUAUGGGACCGAAAUAUUGAUCCGCUGGUCUUAGAAGAAAAGUUCCGAGGAAGAAUGAGUGAGUUUGAAGGCCUACCACAUUCUGACGGAGACGACUGGAUCUUCGAAAAUCUGACGCCCUGGAACCGCGUACUCAGCAAAAUAGGGUACGCGCUCGACGAAUAUGAACCUGGAAAAGCUCGUUUGAGACCAAUGAACACUUUUCUUCAUGUGUCAGGAGAUGAAGAAUAUAUAGAGAUGGGAUUCUAUUUGUUCUACCGGCUGCUGAAAUACCAUACCUGCGUGAAAUCCCUGGAAAUCGGAGACCACCUUUCAUUUAUCCAGUACGCGUCACUGAUAAAUGCGGCCCUCUCUGCCUGCUCGAGCUUGGAGUCCUUGAAAGUGGUCGGCGUACCGGAGGAUCCGAAAAAUGGCGGACCACUAGUGAGAGGCAUUGCUUCUGUAACUACACUGGAGCACCUGACACUCAAGGGGCUCGUCUUGUCGUCCAACUCGGAGAAAAUGCUGGUCGAAAUGCUGAAAAGCGCGAGACACCUUAGAUCUCUUAGACUGGAUAAUGUGGAGUUAACUGCUGGAAACGCAGCCUUAUUGAGAAACGCAGCAUCAGGACUGCAGAAUCUGACCGAACUGGCGGUAACAAAAAAAGGGCUCAACGAACAAUUGGCUGUGGCAAUAUCUUCCUUGCUAACUACGACAGGGACAAUCACAAAGCUCGACCUAUCAGACCACUGGGAUGCUGAUGAUGGAAUACUCAAAAUCAUCUGCGGCGCUCUAGCGAGCAACCGAACGUUGAGAGUUGUCACUAUGAACGAGACGAGGAUAAAAAACGUUGUAUACGUGUAUCUGGCGGAUGCUCUAAAACAAAAUACGAGCAUCCAGGAAAUUUACCUAGAUACCGAUAGCUUGGAAGAUGAUGGCAUGAAAGCAGUUGGAGACAUGAUCAAGUCUAACAACACGCUCCAAGUCCUCAAGUGGCAGUUAAGCUUCACGGAUAUCAGCGACGUUGGUGCCCGUGCCUUAGCUGAGGGGAUUGCUGCAAACACCAAGUUACUUCAGCUUAGUCUUCAGUGCGUUUACGUGGGCUUUGAAGGUACCAAGCUUAUCCUCGAUGCUCUAAGUCGAAACACAACCUUGAGAGAGCUAAGUUUCAGGAACUGCUUUGAAUUCGAGAAACAGGAGUGUGAAACUCUAGCAGCUUACAUCAAAGAGCGUGGCUUAUUUGGCAGGAUUCAAAUGAACCAAAGCCCAGAGGAGAUCUACGCACAGGCGUCCAUCAUACCAACUUCGGAGAAGAUUCGGAAAGUUGUCGUGCCCUGGUUGGAGCAUUCGGCGGGUGAAGAAAUUAAGGCAUUGUUCGAAGCCAUGUGCAAGAGUGCUUCGGUUGCAGAACUUGAGGUGGAAAUUGAUGAAUUGCCACAGGUCGCUGUGCCUGCACUGGCAACACUUCUGCGGACGACAAAGUCCCUGAAGAAGGUCGACAUACCCGUAGCAGUGCGAGAGUCCUCGACUUUUGAUGAUGUCAUGGAGGCACUGGCAAUAAAUGAGAGCAUUACGGAGCUCAAGCUGCACUGUGAGAUGCUCAACAGCCACGCGGAGGAGAAGCUGGGAAGCAUGUUGAAAAGAAACCGAAAUAUUCACACGCUCAUCAUAAACGAUGCUUCGACCGAGUUUUCGGUCAGCAGAAGUCCUCCGCACAUGGUCCUUGCGGAUUACUUGGAAAGCAAUUGGACCCUGUUAAGCUUGACGAAUAGUUACGCCUGGGUUCCGCAAGACGGGCUGUUUCGCAUCGAGGAAGUUUUGCGAAGAAAUAGACGUCUGCUACAUAGGGCACGCGCCUUUGCAUUGAGCCCAGCUGUGGAGGAAAAGCUUGCCAGAGAUUUUCAAGUUGUUGCACAUGCAGAUUCACUCGUGGAAAGCAUAGCAAAUGUAACGGGGAAGACGUCAAACGAAGCCAGAGAAAUUGUAGCUGAGGCACUUAACUUUGUGAACCGUAACUUCUCGAAUGUGUGAUUGCCAUACUGGCAUGGUGUUGACAACAGUCAGGGAGGGAGAGUAGUUCAGAGUAUCAUAUGGGUAGAAGUCAUAGCCUUGGCUACAGACAACCAUCUCUUAUAUUCACGCGGCAUAACUUAGGGUAAAAUGUCACAACCUUGUUAAGAUAGCUGCUGCUAGAGUGCACUAUAUUUUUACGAAUGUUAUACUGUUUUUGCUACACUCUGCUGCUAUCAUUGUUGCAACUGCAAUAUUGCUCCUGUGCUUUGUCAAACUAGGAUUCUUCGAUCCAAGUUUUGGGCAAUAAAUAUGUUUGUUGUACGCAGUA